AUGUACGGCGAGGACUCCAGCGGGAGGCGAGUGUCGCUUCUCAAUCACUCUUCCUCCAACACUACUACCACCACCCAAAACACUUUCUCACAACCCAAAAUCCCCAACCGUUCACGCAUCUCAAUAUCAUCUGUAUCAUCCUGCACAUCGCGCGACGGCUACAACUCUUCACCCUCGACCAGUAGUUCCGGUUCACCGCGGCACACUCGCUCCCCGCCAACACCUCAGCUCGUGCGCUUCGACUCGCAAUCCUCCCUCUCCCAGUCAACUCCAUCGCCAAUGACACCCAGCAACGGCUUCGAUCUCAUGGAUGGCCAGCAUCCGAAAAACAAAAAUUACAACGAUCUACUCAACGGCAAUGGCAAUAGCCUGCCCUACUACACCAACCCCGCCUUCGGGCGCUCCAACCCCAAUGGCUAUCCGACCCUACACGAAGCAUCUCAACAACCCUACUACAAUCUCGAUUCCCAGCAGCCUCUCCCAAGCCUGAACGGCUACCCAGACGGACUCUUCCACCACCGCGGUACCCUGCAGCCUUUGCAAACCCAGCUCCAACACCCUUACAGUACGAACACCUCCCCAAUCCUCCCGACACCCUCAUCAGCAACCUCAACCAACACACCCUCCCACUCCCUACCACCGAUCUCCGCAACAAUAAAAACCGGUCCCAACACCCCCAUCACAACCUCCCUCACCGCCUCCACCACCGCCACCGCCAACGGUCAGAACGCCUCCGCCACCAAAAACCCUCCCCCGAAGAAAAAAUACCCCUGCCCUCACGCCGUCCGCCACAACUGCACCGACACAUUCACGACAUCAGGCCACGCAGCUAGGCACGGGAAAAAACACACGGGCGAGAAAAACAUCCUGUGUCCUACGUGCAAAAAGGCAUUUACAAGGAAGGACAACAUGAAACAACACGAGCGCACGCACAGGCACUCCAACAGCAAGAACGAUUCCGUUGCAGGCUCCCCUGUCAUCGGCAGCGCCAAAGGGAGCCGUCGCGCGAGCUCGAGCGCGGGGGCCGAUGCGAUGGAUGUGGACUCCGAUGGCAGUGGAAUGGGCAUGGAGCCGCCGCGGGCGGGGAGGGUGGCUCGGCCGAAGAUGCAGAGGAGCGAGCUGAGCGAAAUUAUGGAGGGGUUGGAUCGCGAGAACGGGAUGCACAAGGAUGAGGAUGCGGAUGCGGACGGGGAGGGCGAGAGCCCCGGCUUGGAUGCGCUGGCUACCGCGGCCAGUGAGUUGGCUUGA